AAUUGUGUUGAAAUGAGGGAUCUGUGGGCAGCAGGCAUGUGACUCCUCAUCCAAUUGGGUGUCAUCCUGAAGCCCAUUUGCUCCUUGAAGUUCAUGACGGCUGAGUAGCUGCAAACUAGCUGGACCUACUCACACUCUGCUUUUCUUUCCUUCUGCAAGUUAUAGUUAUUUCCUGUGCUCAGCUUCGUUUUGAAUCUGCCUCCACCGACUACCUGUACUUGCUCUGUAAAACAGUUUUCCUCUUGCCAACUGAAAACUAUGUGAUAUGAACUUUGAAUCCAACCCUUCUGACCACCCAAGGGCCAGCACAAUUUUCCUGAGUAAAUCACAGCCAGAUGAGCUGUCUGUCACCCAUAAGGAAUGACCAGGACCGCAGGUUCCAAUAUGUCAGCAACCUGGGGGUCAUGGUAACCAGGAACUCUGAAGUGAGGGAGAAGAGGAAGAGUAACCACAUAAACCAUGUAUCUCCUGGUCAACUCAGUAAAAAAUACAGUUCAUGUUCAACGAUAUUUAUUGAUGACAGCACUGUAAGCCAGCCCAACCUGAAAAGCACAAUUAAAUGUGUUACUCUUGCAAUUUAUUAUCACACAAAGAACAGAGAUUCAGACAGAUCAAUAGAUAUUUUUGAUGAGAAGCUGCAUCCGUUGACUAAAGAAGAAGUGCCAGUAGAUUAUUAUAAACGUGACCCCGAACAUAAGCAUAUAUACCGGUUCGUACGGACUCUCUUCAGUGCUGCCCAACUGACUGCUGAAUGUGCAAUAGUAACUUUGGUUUAUCUAGAAAGGUUGCUAACAUAUGCUGAGAUAGAUAUUUGCCCCAGUAACUGGAAACGGAUUGUACUGGGUGCCAUCCUGCUUGCUUCCAAGGUAUGGGAUGAUCAGGCAGUCUGGAAUGUAGACUACUGUCAGAUUCUGAAAGACAUGACCGUCGAAGAUAUGAAUGAGAUGGAAAGGCAGUUCCUAGAGUUGCUACAGUUUAAUAUUAAUGUUCCUGCUAGUGUUUAUGCCAAAUAUUACUUUGAUCUGCGCUCCCUGGCAGAUGACAACAAUAUGAACUUCCCCUUGGAACCACUCAGCAAAGAGCGAGCACAAAAACUGGAGGCAAUCUCCAGGUUGUGUGAGGACAAAUACAAAGACAUGAGCAAAGCUGCUAUAAGGCGAUCACUUAGCGCUGACAAUUUGAUAGGAAUUAGUCGUUCUAAUGCUAUCCUCUCAUAGGCCAGAGACUUUUCCAUCAGCAUAUCAUGUACCAGCAAAGACGGUGUCUUCCGAUUGGGCAACUGAAUCUGCCUGCAACUAAAACCAAGUUGCAACUCCUGGCCUUAAAGAGCACAUUUAGGAGAUUAAAUGCUGGCUGUCUCACUACAAGGCCCUUCUGAGAGAAGAGAGGGGAAAAAAUAGUGUUUUAACACUACACUGAUGCAGUGAUGUACAACCUGCAGUGUGGAGAAUUUUAUGCUUACUAUGUAGGCCUGUAAUUGAGGAGUACCUCAAGCUUUUAUUUGUUCUAAUUUUAAGAAAUAACACCCAAAACAAAUUGAAAUCAUGUGAAGUGAAUUUUACAGGUAGGUUGGGACAACAAUAGCCCUUGCAAGUGUAACCUUAUUUGGAAUGGGGUAAACUACUUAUUCUGUAUGAAGAAAGAUUAACAAAGAUUUCUUUUAAGCAAAAGAUCUCUUUUAAACACAGGAUUGACUAUAAAUAGGGUGUAGCUGCAGAUGUGUACUUUAAAACUCAGAGAUUUUCUUCCUUCUUGACCCUACCCUCCCCAACCUCCUGAAUAUAAUUUUUCUCCAAUUGUUUGAUAUUUAUAUUAUUUCCAAGCAUAUUGGGGAAGUUUGCAAAAUUUUGCAUUUUCUUAGCACCUUUUACAUGGUAAAGGUAUUCUCAAGCAACAUGAUCCACUUUGGAGAAGUGACCAGAAGGUUCAAAAGAAAGUCUUAAAGGAGAGGUGGGGUGAUUUAAGGGAGAGCAUUCCCUCCCUUAAGAGUCCACAGUUGAAAUGGCACAUACUUCUAACUUGUCCAGCCUCCUGUUACUUGCCUCUUUUUUAAUUACAAUGCCAUUGGUGUCCAAAAAUAAAGCAGUGGGAAAACUACUGAAAAUCUAAAAUAAAAAUGAAAGAUGCAGAAACUACUCAGCUAGUUGGUCAGCAUCUGUGGAAAAAGAAUUAUCACCCAAUGACCUAUUAUUCUUUUAUAUGUUGUUUCAAACAGUUUUAUCCCAAAUGCUGGGCUUUUACUCUGUAUCCUGCCUGAAGUAAAACUCUUGAUACCCUGGGGUAGAGAUCCCAAAGAAACAACUGGGAAGUGGCCAGAAGAUGUAGCAUUUUUACCUUUUUUUUCAAAAUGAUUUAAAUAUUUUUUUGUGAAACGUAUCUGGGAAAGAAAUGGUAAAAUUAAAAGUCACUCAUCAUGCCCAAGGGUUUCAGCCCAUGUACAACUCAUUCAGCUACUCAAAGUAACAGAUUAGCAGUUUAGUACCCUCACUCUGGUUUUGGAAACUACUUAGCAUCAUUUGCAAUCCUGUUAAGACCAUACAUUAUUCUCUGAAAAGAUGCAGCUGAAAAUAUAUGGUGUAAGAAUUUACACCACAGAAACAUUCAGCCUUUUUGAUCUGUGCUGGUGUUAAUACUCACACAAGAAUCUCCCAGCUUGCUUACCUUAAGCAUAUCUGUGUUAUUCUUUAGUAUAGCAGACUUGUACAACAAUUUCUCUCCAUUGCAAGAGUGAGGAAGACCUUUGACCUUGUUUUGCAAAACUGGAAACAUAUCUGCACCAAACCAUUACAGUACCUGAUAUUAAAGCUGUCCAUCAACUUUUAUUUCUGCUGAGCAACACCUUUAUUAUAAUUCACUAAUAAAACAAUGUUUCAUAUAAUUUAAUAAUCACUUUAAUUCAGGGGUUUCCAAUCUUUAAUGCCAUAGACUAAUGCCAUUUAGUCAGGGUUUGUGGACCCCAGGUUGGAAACCCCUGAUCUGACUGGUGCAAUCCCAUCACUUGGAACAAAGAAACUACUAAAUUCACUGUAACCUGUCUACAUUUAACUCAACAUAUUCCUUUUUCAAAAUGAAAUCAUUUAGUUUUCAUUUGCACCAUUGUCAACAAAAUUUUGCAAUUCACAGUAUUUUUUACUCAAAGUUGAAAGCACAUGGCAUAUUUUAGUGAUUAAGACAUGAUACAGUGAUUUUAUUUUUAAAAAAGAAAGAUGGUUUGAAUAUAAAGUCACUGAUGUUCACAUGUGAGCCAUAGAAAUGUGGGGUAAAAUAUAAUCUCCAAAACUCGGGUAAUAAGAAGAGUGUUCAUUCACCAUCAACUAGAGCUCCUUGUAAUAAACCGUUAAAACAUGACUUGUGCUUUUACUGUUGGGUUCCCAUCGCCACACUAUCAUCUACUCUUGUUCCAUCAAUGCUUGGGAGUAAAUACAAAUAGAUGCUUUCCCUUGAGCACAGAGCAGAAACUUCAAUUGUCCUUCCUCCUUCAAACCCAGAGACCCAAUUGAAGUUGAAGUUCUCUUUUUUUUUGUUGUUGUUGUCGUAAACAAGAAACCUCUAUUAAAAAUGUAUACACUUCCACAA